CAGCACCACCGGCCGUAACAUUACACGGAGACACGCCAACAAAACCAUCAUUGCUCGCACCAGGCCAACAGAGAGAGCAAAGCAAGAACCGCACGGCACGCCGCUCUGCGAGUGGAGUGACAUCCAUCGAUCGGCAUGUCGACGGCGUCUGAGCAGCAGCAGCAGCAGCCGCCGCCGCACCGGGGGUUGUGGAGCCUCGGCGGGACGGUGGAGCUCGUGGCGGCGUUCACGGCGGUGUGCCUCGCGCUGUACGGGGCGGUGCUGUACCUCAACUAUCUGUACGUGCGGUGGAGCGGGCGGGACGGCGUGCACCGGACGGGACCCGGCCCCGAGGCCGGGCCGGCGACGAGGAAGAGGGGCGGCGGAGGAGGGCUCGACGAGGCGGCGCUGGCGGCCAUGCCGGUGUUCAGGUUCAAGGCGGAGCCGCGCGGGGGUGGCGGCGGCGGCGAGGAGUGCGCGGUGUGCCUGGGCGCCAUGCAGGACGGCGACGCGGUGCGCGCCCUGCCCGGGUGCAGCCACGCGUUCCACGCCGGGUGCGUCGACGUCUGGCUGGGCGCGCACGCCACCUGCCCCGUCUGCCGCGCGCGGCCCGCUCUCCCGGUUCCGGCAGCGAAGGACGGCUCCAGGACGGCGGAGACCGCCGGACGGGAGCCGGACCCGGAGAGCGCGGUGUAGCAUGCGUGCGUGCGCCAUCCCCGAGCUGUCAGUAUGGCUGCUUGAGGUACUUCUCUUAUGGGUUUGAGUACAUGUUCGUGUUAGCUUGCUUCGAUUAGGCCGAUAAUUUUGUCUCAGUUUCGACAAAGGAUAAUUUUGUCUCAUGGCUUGUAAAUUGUAAUGAUAAGUGAAGAAGUUAAGUUCGUA